AUAACAAAAAUUGCAUCCGAGCGUUUACCCACUCCCCUCUCGCAUUCCACUCCACUCCCCUCUCGCAUUCCACUCCUGCUGCCAGAGGAGAGAGAGAGAGACGGGACCAACCCCUGUGGUAUUAGUAGAUUUUUAUUUUUAAUCUGCCGAGACUAAGUUUGGUUGCGUUCCGUCACGGAUGGCCAAAAUCUCCCAUAUAAAUUACUGUUCCUACUCGUCGCACCGGGUCUCAUUGGUCUCUCCGAGUCCUCGCCCCACCGCGCCUUUCAAGGCCCAGCCUUCUACUCUCCUUCGCCUCGUCCGGUGGUCUCACGCUGCUCCGCGGUGUCGCUACUCGCUGGGCGACGGGAUGGGGACGCGCUCGGCGGCGGCGGGGUCAUCCCCGCGGCGGAGCCUGGUGACCUCCGACCACCUCCGGCACGUGGAGUCCAUGGCCCAGCUGCCGUCCGGCGCCGGCAAGAUCUCGCACCUCAACGCGGUUAUCCUCGGGGAGUCUCUCGCCUCCGAGGAGAACGACCUUGUCUUUCCCAGUCCUGAGUUCUCCGCCCAGGCCCUCGUCUCCUCCCCUGAACAGUAUCAGCAAAUGUACAGGAGGUCAGUAGAGGAUCCUGCGGGUUUCUGGUCGGAGAUCGCCUCCCAGUUCUGCUGGAAAGAGAAAUGGCAUCCAGAAGUCUACGCAGAGAAUAUUGACGUGGGGAAGGGAACCGUUAGGAUCGAGGUUAUGGUUCAAGGAGCAACCACGAACAUAUGUUACAAUGCUUUGGAUCGAAACGUAGAAGCAGGGAAUGGUGGGAAAGUUGCCAUCUACUGGGAAGGCAAUGAGCCGGGUCAGGAUGGGCAGCUGACGUAUGCCGAGCUGUUGGACAAGGUUUGCCAGCUCUCCAAUUACUUAAAACAUGUUGGUGUCGGCAAGGGGGAUGCUGUGGUGAUCUACUUGCCUAUGUUGAUGGAGUUGCCGAUUGCAAUGUUAGCAUGUGCUCGUAUUGGUGCUGUCCAUUCGGUUGUAUUCGCUGGUUUCUCUGCGGAAUCUCUUGCCCAACGAAUUCUAGAUUGCAAACCGAAAGUAGUGAUAACCUGCAAUGCAGUCCAGAGAGGCCCCAAAACCAUUCAUCUUAAAGAGAUAGUGGACAGCGCUCUAACUGAGUGUGCCAAUGAUGGAAUCUCUAUCGGCUUGUGUUUGACUUAUGAAAACCAGUCAGCCAUGGAGAGAGAAGCUACAAAAUGGCAGGAAGGAAGAGAUGUCUGGUGGCAGGAUGUCGUCCCAAAGUUCUCCACAAAGUGUUUAGUGGAGUGGGUUGAUGCGGAAGAUCCACUAUUUCUCUUGUACACGAGUGGCAGCACUGGAAAGCCUAAGGGUGUUUUGCACACAACUGGGGGUUAUAUGGUAUACACUGCGACAACUUUUAAGUAUGCAUUUGAUUAUAAGCCAUCAGAUAUAUACUGGUGUACUGCUGACUGCGGCUGGAUCACUGGACACAGCUACGUUACUUACGGGCCUCUUUUAAAUGGAGCUACUAUUGUUGUUUUUGAAGGGGCUCCAAGCUACCCAGACUCUGGAAGAUGUUGGGACAUUGUUGAUAAGUAUAAGGUUUCAAUAUUCUAUACUGCCCCAACACUGGUGCGUUCGCUUAUGCGUGACGGGGAUGAGUAUGUUACUCGCUAUUCCCGUAAAUCUCUACGUGUUCUAGGAAGUGUAGGGGAGCCCAUCAAUCCUAGUGCGUGGAGGUGGUUUUUCAAUGUUGUUGGAGACUCACGAUGUCCUAUAUCAGAUACCUGGUGGCAAACAGAGACUGGUGGCUUCAUGAUAGCUCCUUUACCUGGUGCCUGGCCACAGAAACCUGGGUCGGCGACUUUUCCAUUCUUUGGGGUUCUGCCUGUCAUAGUUGAUGAGAAAGGGAAUGAGAUAGAAGGUGAAUGCAGUGGGUAUCUUUGCAUCAAGAAGUCAUGGCCUGGGGCAUUCCGCACGCUUUAUGGUGAUCAUGAAAGAUUUGAGACUACAUACUUCAAACCAUUUCCAGGUUAUUAUUUCACUGGUGAUGGCUGCAGCAGGGACAAAGAUGGUUACCAUUGGCUCACUGGAAGAGUUGACGAUGUUAUUAAUGUCAGUGGACACCGUAUUGGCACUGCAGAGGUUGAAUCUGCCCUGGUAUCACAUCCUCAAUGUGCAGAGGCUGCUGUGGUUGGAGUUGAGCAUGAGGUCAAAGGGCAGGGAAUAUAUGCAUUUGUCACAUUGGUGGAAGGUGUUCCUUACAGUGAAGAACUCCAGAAAAGCCUCAUAUUAACAGUUCGAAACCAGAUUGGUGCAUUUGCUGCUCCUGACAAAAUCCACUGGGCACCUGGACUCCCAAAAACAAGGAGCGGAAAGAUCAUGAGAAGGAUUCUAAGGAAAAUUGCUUCCAGGCAGCUGGAUGAGCUUGGUGAUACAAGUACCCUUGCUGACCCAAGUGUGGUGGACCAGCUGAUUUCACUCAGCGAUUGCUAGCUGAUUGAUGUGUGGCUGCACUUCAGUUGGGGAAAUAGAAAAAGUCAAAUAAUGGUGGCAUACUUCACCUGCUUCGUACCAUUGCUCCGCAUUUCACCUGUAUAAUUAGCAUGUCACAUCAUUGCCUCACCUUUGGUCAAUGGCUUCAGGUUUGGCAUUGAUAUGCUACUUUAAUUUUGGUCUAUGACAGAAUUUUGGUUUAUCACAGACUUAUCUAGAACUGUUGGGGGUACUUUGUCUCCAAACUUCAAAAAAAAAAAAUCAAUAAAAGUGUUUCGCAUAUCAGGGGCAUGUAAUCCUUUUU